GGGAUAUAACAAACCUUUGUUUGCCGUCUUCCAUCAAUCGAUCAAAUUUUUUUUUUGCGUUUCCGAUGUAUCUUCCGAUGCAUUGCAGUUCUUAAACUCAAUCGGAAUUCAAGUUCCUUUCUCCCUUCCCCUACAAAUUCAUUUUUUAUUUUUCAGAUAUUCGAUCAUCAAAGUCCGUCAGGCGAAUUCCAGCUCCGAUCACAUUCCGGUGUGAGCUGGCCAGAAUAGAUUGAAACACGUACUGAGACAUAAAAGGCGUUUUACAAUGAGGUGUAAGGUUCCUUCGCUGGUAGAUUUAUGUGUUCAGACAGCAGUAGAUAAUGUGAGAUACCUUGGGGAUGUUGGUGAAACAGACACUCAUCUACUAGAGCGCAUUUUGCCUCACUGUUCUCUUGAACAAUUAACACAUGUGGAGAAUUCGACAGAAGGAAGAGAUCUCAGUCAAGUGACUGAUAGACUUUGGAAGAGGUUUUACCAGAUUGAGUUUGGUGACAAGAGCAUCAAUCAGGUGGUCGAGAGAAUGAAGAAAGUGAAAGUAACAUUUAAAUGGAAACAGUUAUAUGAGGCGAAGACAGAGGAAAUGGAGGAAACUCAACAAAGGUCAUUCGAGAGAAUCAAGGAAUUGUACCAAAAUGAAAAUGCCAAACGGCAAAGCCGACAAGUUCGAGUCUGCACAAAGGUUCCCCCUUCUAGCAAUAAAAGAAGCUUUUAUGGUAGUGGACUUGGUAGCAAUUUUGGCAACACAAAGAGUCCGUUGAUGAAGAAGGCAAAAAUAGAGUUUGUCAACAGUCGAGAAGUAAAGAAUUUAGCUGCUAUGAAGAAUAAGUCUGUGCAAAGAAAUCAUAGCCAAGUUUCUUCUAUUAAGAAACCAGGUGGUUUAGUUUCUUCUCAAGAAAGAGGCAGAGGAUAUGAGCCUGACACCGCAGCAGCUAGGCGUGAUUCCUCCACAUAUCCUGACACCGCAGCUAGGCGUGGUUCCUCCACAUAUCCUGACACCGCAGCUAGGCGUGGUUCCUCCACAUAUCCUGACACCGCAACUAGACUUGGUUCCUCCACAUAUCCUGACGCUGCAGCUAGGCGUGGUUCCUCCACAUAUCCUGACACCACAACUAGGCUUGGUUCCUCCCCAAUGGCUUUGUCAGCAAGAUCGAAAUUUACAAGCCGGUGGGAGAGAAGUUAGGCUGGCAUUUUAUGUAUCAAAGUUGGCUGUUGAAAGAAAAUGCUGAGUAGUGUGUUUUCUGCUACAUGAAACCGCUGUUCUGUAAUUUUUAUAAAACGCCUGAAAGCGCAACUCUGUAAUUUUCAUAAAACGCUUGGCGUGCUCCGUAUAUCAUACUUAACAUCAUGCUAAAUCCUUGAUUCUGCAAAUAGUGCUCUUGGAUUUGUUGUUAAGGUGGAUAUUCGGUAUUCGGUUUUGUAAACAACCCUUUGGAUGUUAUACUCUAUUUAAGGAUCGAGUCUUCUCGGGUCCUCUUAGUUGAAAAAAAUAUUGGCUAUUGAUACUGUGA